AUGGACAAAGAUUGCGACAUGGUAUAUAAGAAUGUUUCUGACAUAUAUAAAUCUGAAGAAUUUAAGACCUACGACAACUUUGUUUCGUUAGUUGCUGAAUGUGUAUGGCAGAUAAGAGAUAAAGAUAGAAGAGGCAAAGUAUGGAACGAACAAAUAAGACCCGCUAUGUUUGAGAUGAAGAGAGCAAUUGACGCCUUAGUUGUUUUAGCAGGUAAGAUUUCAGAAUAUAACGCAAAAAUGAACCCGCAAUGUUCAAAAUGUAAAGCGGCAAUUAGGAAAUAUAACUACUCCGUCAAAGAGAUAGAACGUAUGAGAAACGACUAUGCAGACUUAAAGAAAGAAGCAGAGAAACCAGCAGAAGAUAAAAUGGACAUGUUAGAAUUUGAACAAAAACUAUCCAACAGCAGAAGAUUUCCUUCUAUCUGA